CGCGAAGAAAAAAGAAGAAAGAGAAUACCGUAAGAACAAGACGAUCGUAAUCGUUGGUAACUCUCGUCUUCCGGAUUAUCGCGUCGCCGGAAGCGCAAUCGUUCGACGUUUGACGAAAUGACGCCGACCCCAUCCCCUGUAUCGCCCUCGUCGACGCAGCAGACCUUCGUCUCUUCUCUGUUUCGCAAUAAAAUACGAGAAACGUGCAUUUAACCGAAUCGUGCCGAGACGAUCGAAGCAUCGCGACCCAGUGAAAGAGGAUCCCUACUGAAUAAAUUCGAGAAAAUUGCCCGAUAUCCCAGCGAUCUUUCUACGCCGAGUGAUCGCCUCCGGAUUUCAGAAGUCGUUUAUCCUUGAUCCAUCGCCUAAGAAGCUUCUCAGGCGGAGAUAAACGCGAGAAAAAGAAGAUUUACGACAGAAUCGUCGAAGCAGAAGAAAGAAAUACUCGAGGCACAAUGAACAGCACGGUAAUGAGCACCACCAGCGCUAUCGAUUACGCUUGGAAACUGAGUCAAGAGGACUCGACGAUUCAGAAUUGCGAGGCAGAUCUGCCGAUCAUCUCGUUGGUUAAUCAGAUUCUCUAUUCGGUCGUCUGUAUCGUAGGCCUCCUCGGUAAUACCCUGGUGAUAUACGUGGUUCUACGAUUCUCCAACAUGCAGACGGUGACCAACAUGUACAUCGUCAAUCUAGCGAUAGCUGACGAGUGUUUCCUGAUAGGUAUACCCUUUCUGGUUACCACGAUGAGUUUGCGUAGCUGGAUAUUCGGCAAGAUCAUGUGUAAAGCUUACAUGACCACCACCAGCAUCAAUCAGUUCACCAGUAGUAUCUUCCUGUUCAUCAUGAGCGCUGAUCGUUACAUCGCCGUCUGUCAUCCGAUCUCUUCACCGAAGAUACGGACUCCUUUCAUCUCGAAAGUGGUUUCACUGACCGCUUGGCUUACCAGCGUCCUCUUCAUGAUCCCCAUAUUCCUGUACGCGAGCGCGAUGGAAUCGGAAAGAGGUAUCAACUGCAACAUCUACUGGCCAACCGACAUAGGAGGUCACACCACCUUCACUUUGUAUACCUUCAUCCUGGGCUUUGCCAUUCCUUUGAUUCUUAUCUUAAUCUUCUACUUCCUGGUGAUCAGGAAGCUGCAGACGGUUGGUCCGAAGAAUAAAUCGAAAGAGAAGAAACGAUCCCAGCGUAAAGUUACGAAAUUAGUGCUGACAGUGAUCACUGUCUACGUACUAUGUUGGCUACCUUACUGGUUGAUGCAAGUGGCUCUAAUUUACACACCGCCCAAACAGUGUCAAAGCAAGAUCACUAUUACCAGCUUUCUAUUGGCCGGUUUCCUAAGCUACAGCAACAGCGCGAUGAACCCGAUCCUCUAUGCAUUCUUGAGCGACAACUUCAAGAAGAGCUUCCUGAAGGCGUGCACCUGUGCAGUUGGCAAAGACGUGAACGCCACCCUGCACAUCGAGAACAGCGUGUUCCCACGGAGGAACAAAGCGAACGCGGAGAGGCUUCAAGCGAAUAGACUAGCCGCUUCAGGCCAGUCCAGGUUGGAACUGGAGGACGAAGACGCCGAGAGGGGACUGUUGAUCAGUAAAACUUCUACGACCACGGUGACCAUGACGUCACGAUCCAACAUCACCAUAGGGAACGACUCGAAAGAUCAAUCGCAAAGAGAGAAGGAUUCCAUGAAGAACGGAGCACAGCUGACUCUGUUGACCCAGGUGUAA